AUGAAAUUCUCCUUCGCUUCGAUCCUGGUGGCUGGAACCACCGUUACCUCCGCCGCCAGCGUCGGCAGCGUCAGCAACGCUGCUAGCGCUGGUAGUGCCGGCAAUGCCGGCAGCAGCAGCCUGCCAUCCAUCCCUCAGAGCUGCCUGGAGAUCCCCCAGGUCGUCGGCAACAAGCCCCAGCAGCUGAUGCAGUAUUUCCACAAGGAAGUGUGCCAGCAGGGCUGCAAGGCCACCAUCAACCAGCACAACCACUACGUGCACAACUACGUGAUGCCACAGAUCAUCAAGGACGUUAACCAUCGCCUGGAGGUUCCCGCGCAGGAGCAGCAGCUGUUCAACCAGACCAGCACCCAGGUCAUCGCGGCCGUGCAGAAGAGCUGUGCUCAGGAGGGCAACAAGCCUCUUUGCAACGAUUUCCAGGGCCUCCUCGACUACGGCUUCUGUGCCUUCAAGGCCUCCCAGCCCAUCUUGCAGAACCACGUCAAGGAGUUCUCUGGCAGCGCCAAGCUCACCGAGGAGAAGUGCAACAAGAUCAAGGCGCUGGACUCUGACCAGACCGUCUGGCAGAAGUCUCUCCCUGCCUACGUGGACAAGUUCGCCAAGCAGUGCGCUCAGGGAAACUAG